AUGUCGUGGAAGAAGACGGACAAGUUGAUGGACACCAUCAGGCAUUACGCCAGUUUCCCGGCGACUGGCGUGAGCUUGAGGCAGAUGGUCCAGUUUGGUGAGAGGCCAUCCGUUGGAACUCUGUUCCGUGCAUCGCAGUUCCUCGCCGAGGAACUACCAAUUCGCUUGGCCCACCGCGUUCAAGAACUCGACGAGCUUCCCGAUGGUCUCAACGAUAUGCCUUCUGUAAGGCGUGUGCAAGAUUGGUACGCACAGUCGUUCGAGGAACUCACACAACUGCCACGACCCGAUUUGGAUAGAAGCACAAGGGAAAGACUGUUGAGGCCGAGCAAAACUUAUGGCAAGGCUCUACUCUCUGAGGCGACAAGAAAUCCGAGUAUCGAAGAGGGGCAAUACGCAUCUCUGCCGCAGACCAACAACGGCAAUGGCUUCAACAAACAAAAGGCCGUCGCCGCACGGAGAUACUUCGCCAUGGUGGACGACACCGGAGACUGGCCCGCCGAGCUUCGGCUGUACAACGAAAGAUUUGCAAAGGCCCUCCACGGCAUCAAGAGGAGACACGAUGGCGUUGUGACGACCAUGGCGCAGGGUAUUCUGGAGUAUAAGCGCAAGCGACAGCGCAUGCAGAUUGACAACAACAUUCAGUCGUUCCUCGAUCGCUUCUACAUGUCGCGCAUAGGCAUCCGUAUGCUCAUCGGUCAGCACAUCGCCUUGACUGACCAGAGCCACCACCGCGACCCCACUUACGUCGGUAUCAUCUGCACAAAGACGAAUGUCCAGGACCUGGCUCAAGAAGCCAUCGAAAACGCGCGCUUCGUUUGCGAGGACCACUACGGGCUCUUCGAGGCCCCCAAGAUCCAGCUUGUGUGCAACCCGAACAUUAACUUCAUGUAUGUGCCAGGACACUUGUCGCACAUGCUUUUCGAGACCCUCAAGAACUCUCUCCGCGCCGUCGUCGAGACGCACGGUCAGGACAAGCAGGAGUUCCCUGUGACGAAGGUCAUUGUCGCGGAAGGAAAAGAGGACAUCACCAUCAAGAUCUCGGACGAGGGCGGCGGCAUCCCCAGAAGCGCCAUUCCCCUGGUCUGGACCUACAUGUACACCACCGUGGACAGGACACCGAACCUGGACCCGGAUUUCGAUAAGAGCGAUUUCAAGGCGCCGAUGGCUGGCUUUGGAUAUGGACUGCCCAUCUCGCGUCUGUAUGCGCGGUACUUUGGCGGCGACCUGAAGCUUAUUAGCAUGGAGGGAUACGGCACUGAUGUGUACCUCCACCUCAACCGCCUGUCCAGCUCAUCAGAACCCCUGCAAUAG